AUGCAAAAAUUCGGUUAUUUACUCUAUUUAGUUGUUUUCUGCUUAGUCUUCAAUGUAGUUUACUUGAAAAGUUCUCCAAUGAAUCAAAUGAAGAUCAAUGAACGUGCUUGUAGUGCUAAAGAUGUUAUGGAUUGUACUAAUAGCUGUCUCAAUCUUUGUAUUGUCAAUCCCAAAUAUUGUGGUUCUCAACUUACUGCUUGUCAAAAUCGUUGUUAUUCUAUUUGUGGUUGGCCACAAGUUGGUAAAUAA